UGGAGUGUUUGGAAGGACUGGUAGUGAAACACAGUGUCAGACACUGUAGACAAUGGCUGAACUGUAAGCACACUCGCGGCCAACGAUUGUCACAACACGAGCGCUCAAAUCAGUCGCCGAUCUGAACACACAUUCACGCCAUACAAGCCCUACACUAAUCACCACUAACUCUGUCCACGAGUCCCAUAAUUAACAGGCUUUGAAUUAUAAGAGCAGAACCCGAAGGACAAGAUGGCGGACACGAGCGCCGACGCGGGAAGCAAUAAUCUGCAACUUCUUCGAGUGAACCAUUCGGUGAAAAUGGCCGAAGCGUUUGAGUCGAUGUUUUUGGACGAAUCGCUGUGCGAUAUCUCGUUGUGUUGCGGCGGACACGUAGUGAAGGCCCAUCGGGUGAUUCUGGCCGCCAGUUCUUCGUACUUCAAGCAGAUCCUGUCGUCGAUCAACGGCCAGACACAGUAUCCCAUAAUCUUCGUGAACGGCAUCCAAAUGCCGGAUCUGUCGGCGAUGUUGGAGUUCAUGUACAGGGGUCAGGUGACCAUUCCUCACACACAACUCUCGUCGCUGGUCAAGAGCGCAGAGAUUCUGGGGGUCAGCAGUUUGUGUCAAUUGGAUCCCAACGCACAGAAUCUGAGCGAAAACAACGCUCAUCAGGACAAGAGCCGCACCUCCAGCCCCACCGACAGCACGGGUGUGGCCACUGUUCCCGCCCGCAGAGGUCGCAAACGAAAGAAACCAUUGGUUGUGCCAAAACCCGAGAACGAGUUGCCCGUCUCGGACUCGGAAGCGACGCCAGCCGUCAAAAAGGCCGAAGAAUGCGAUGAAAGCGAAGAUCUGGACGGAAGCGUUGACGCGAAGGACAAAUUGGCGAAAUCUAAGCUCCGGUCGUGGACUCAACAAAUUGCCAUUAAAGCCAACCAUAAGGACGCGGACGACAACUCUCAACCACAAGUGAUCGAAGAUAACGAGCGGCCACUGAAUCAACUGAUCGACGAAUCCAAUCAAUUGGAGACGAAUGACAACAGCGGCGGUCAGCAGAUGAAGAAACACAUGCUAAAGCAUUCCAGAGCCCGAAGAGUACCUCUUAAGUACAGCGAAUACACACUUCCCAAAGGCAUUAACGAUACGAAACAAACCACCGAUAAAACUGAUACACAAAAAGCGAACGAUACGGACGUCGAUAUCGCGGGCGACGACCCGAUGACCGGUUCGACAAUAACUCUUGUGGACAAUCGAAGAGCUCCGUCGCCGAGACUGACCCGCGGCCGAAGUCGAGUUCAUUCGGUGGACGACCCGAAGACCGUUACGCCCUCCAAAGAAGAGUCCACACUAGAGAUAGGCGUUGCGUCCACUUCGGCAACGGCUGAUGGCCUCAACUCUUCACUCCUUCUGACGCCCAACACUCGCAGCCGAAAGCAAACCUUUUCACCCACUGAUGGCAACAAACAAUCUAAAGACAAAGACAAGGAUAAAGAUAAGGAUAAGGAGAAAGACAAAGAUAAAGACAAAGACAAAGAGGUGACCGACAGCUCAGCGCAGCCAUUGGUCGCUGAGAACAAAGUGACACCAAUCAAGUCUGAAGACGAAAGCUCGCAGACAUCCCAAUCGUCGGCUGCGGCUCAGGUCCGGAACAAAACGCCGGUUAAGCCUCAAAUCUCGACUCUACCGUCGAGUUCGCUAAUUAAGUGGCGGCCGAAAGACCCCGAAAAGACGACCACCAAAUUCACGGCCAAACAGCGCUCGGCGGCCACCGCUUCGUCGUCGUCGGGGGCGGCGACCACUUCUCAGGACUCGUCUCCGCAACAACUCAACUAUCAGUACGAGUCGAUCGAAGCGGACGGACCGCCGGUGUAUCGGUGCUCGUAUUGUCUGCACUGUUUCCGUAGCAAACAAAACAUCAUCGAUCACAUCCGCAGCGUUCACAUCAAGUCCUCCGAGCGUUACGUCUGUCCCCUCUGUCACAAACAGUUCAAAUGGAAGACCAGUUUAAACAAUCACUUGAAUCAAAUGCAUCCCCUCUCCCGACCCACUCCGCUCCGCCACUUCGACAAAACCCGCAAAUCCUUGACCUAA